AUGGGUUGGUGCGGUCGGAAUAGGUUUUUGGUUGGGGGGAAGACAGUACUAGUUACUGGCGCUUCAGAGGGGAUGGGAAAGAGUGUUGCGAUUCAACUUGCACAGAAAGGCGCAAAUGUUAUUAUUGUUGCGCGAAAUGUGAAGAAAUUGGAGGAGGCGAUGGAGGAGAUUAAGGCCUCAGCUCUCUCCCCCUCAACCCAAUCCUUCUAUUAUAUAUCCGCCGAUGUCUCUAUCCCAACCGAAGCCGCGCGUAUACUCCAAGAAGCCACCACCUUCAACUCCUCCACACCCCCCGACAUUGUCUGGUGUAUCGCUGGCACCUCUACUCCUGGCUUCUUCCUCGAUACUACCCCCCAUAAACUCCGCAUACAAAUGGACAUCAACUAUUGGUCUUGUGUAGACAUGGCACAUUGCGUUCUCAAGUCUUGGCUCUCUACUCCAAAUGUGGAAAAGAAAGAGAGGCAUUUGAUUUUCACGAGUAGUGUUCUGGCUUUCUAUUCGGUUGUGGGCUAUACACCAUAUUCACCCGCCAAAGCAGCCAUAAAAAGUUUGAGCGAUACUUUACACCAGGAAGUUCUCGCGUAUCCCAAUCCUCCACAAAUACAUACAGUCUUCCCCGGUACGAUAGGGAGUCCGGGGUUAGAUAAAGAGAAUUUGGGAAAACCGGAGAUCACACAUCUUUUGGAGGCAACUGAUCCAAUACAAACGCCAGAAGAAGUUGCGCGAUGUGCGAUUAAUGGGUUGGAAAAGGGAGAGUAUCUUGUUACGACGGGAUGGCUGGGCAGUAUGAUGAGGGCUUGUGCGUGGGGUGGGAGUAGGAGGGGAAAUUGGGUGCUAGAUACGUUGACUACGUGGGUGACGUGUAUGGCCUGGGGAUUUGUGGGGAGAGAUUUGGAUGGGAAGGUUAGGAGAUGGGGAGAGGAGAAGGGUUUUGCGAGGGGGUGA